AGGUAAGAAACUGCUGUUUUACACAAUAAUUUAAUUAACAAUUAAUGCUAUUUUACCUCACCGAGUUAAAAUCUAUAGAAAAAAGACUAAUAGUACUUUUUUGUUUCAUACAUUAGGUAUUAAUUGUCUGAAUUUUUUCGUAAUUCAUUGCAAAUAGAUGUGUGCAAGUUUUUGACUAGCAAGCACAACUUUGAUAAAGUCUCAGUGUACUGGUCAGAUGAAGGUGUUGGUCACAGGAGGCUCUGGAUUGGUGGGGAGAGCCAUACGUCAUGUUAUAGAAGAAGAAGGGGGAGCCAAAAAAGGAGAAGAAUGGAUAUUUCUGUCCUCCAAAGAUGCAAACCUAAUGAACAAAGAGGAAACACAGGCUGUUUUUGAAAAACAUCGGCCCACCCAUGUUAUCCAUCUGGCUGCUAUGGUGGGAGGUCUUUUCAAGAACAUGAAGCACAACUUGGACUUCUGGAGGAACAACAUCUACAUCAACGAUAAUGUACUGCAGGCAGCACAUGAGGUCGGGACUGUUAAGGUUGUUUCCUGUCUAUCCACCUGCAUUUUUCCCGAUAAAACAACAUAUCCUAUCGACGAGACCAUGAUCCACAACGGCCCUCCUCAUGAGUCCAACUUUGGUUAUGCCUAUGCUAAAAGGAUGAUUGAUGUUCACAACAGGGCCUAUUUCCAGCAACAUGGCCGAUGCUACACAGCUGUGAUUCCCACAAAUGUGUUUGGUCCUCAUGACAACUUCAGCAUCGAGGAUGGCCACGUGCUCCCAGGGCUCAUACAUAAGGCAUACAUCGCUCAAAAGGAAGGGAAGCCCCUGGUGGUCUGGGGUUCAGGCUCUCCUAGAAGGCAGUUCAUCUACUCUUUGGAUUUGGCUCGUCUUUUCCUCUGGGUCCUGAGGGAGUAUCCAGAGGUCAACCCAAUCAUUCUCUCUGUUGGGGAAGAAGAUGAGGUCUCCAUUAAAGAAGCUGCAGAAGCAGUUGUUGAGUCGUUGAGCUUUAAAGGAGAAGUAGUGUAUGACACCAGUAAAGCAGAUGGUCAGUUUAAGAAGACUGCCAGUAAUGCAAAACUACGUCAGUACCUGCCAGACUUCAAAUUCACACCCUUCAGACAAGCUUUAAAAGAGACAUGCGAUUGGUUUGUUACCAAUUAUGACACCGCCCGGAAGUAAGGCGACUCCUGAACCGGUUGGCAUCAAAGCUGUCCAUUGAAUGACCAUUUCUGUAAAAAAAAAAAAAAAAAAGAACUGAUGGGAUCAACAGUGGAGAGUGUUGCAGGACAUUAGAUCAUGUGCAGAAAGUAGUGUGCUAGUAAUGAUGUCUGAUAAUCAUUAAAAAGCUCUGCAGUUUUAAAUUAAGAGACUCCAGGACCAAACUGUAACAUGACGUUUAAGAUGCUUCCUUGAUGUUUUUUUUCUUUUUUUAGUUUUCAGUUGCUACUUUUUUUUAAAUGAUAAUUAUCAUUUUCAUCAUUUUGUUUUCAAAUGUGUUUGAGUUUGUAUUUUACAGUAAUUAUAGUCCUUUCCUUAUUCAAAGUAAUACAGAAAAUCAUGAAAAGAAAAAAAAAAAGAAACUGAAAGUACCCUAAAAAUUGAUGGAGCACAUGUCGCAAAGGCCACUCAAGAGUUCAUUAAACAUGUUUAAAUGAUAACUUCCUAUUUCUAACUGGUCAAUUAAGAAAUUAUUUUCUCAGUUCAAUAGCUUGGAGAUUUAAACCAGCACUCUACCAAGGAAACCAAAAACACUAGUGAAUCUUGUGAUAAAAUAAAAUUCUGGUAGAUUUUAUGAAGACUUUCUAAUUUCUGUUAUGAAGAGCAUUUUGUUGAUGUUCACAGGCACCAGAACAAUAAAUAUAUAGCGUACCUGUAGUUGUAUAAAGCGUGGUAGUAGUGAAUGGAAACAGCUGAAAGUUUCACUUUUCUAAACAUAAGUCAGGGUUUUACUUUCAGGGGUGGGAUUUACAAAAUGUAGCUGUCAAUGAUACUCAGAGCAGAGCCUUAUUCACAGCCAAACUAACUUUACAUUAAAAUGUUCUGAUGUUCAAUGCCAGUGUUCCAAGUUUUUCACAAUUCUGGCAAAGAAUUUUUCUUUGGGUCAGGAAAUGUAUACUCUUCUCCUGGCUACCAUGAGGCUCAUCCACUACUGCUGCAUAGAAUCUUUGAGAAAAAUCAAGAUUACUCACUUUGCCAGAAGCUGGUGUUCUGUAGUUCCUGGUGAAAUGUCAAUCAUAUAAAAAGGUAGCAUUCCAAUUUAGAAUCAAGAGCUCUUUGUAAAAGUUUAAAUUGUUUAUUUUUUUAGAAAAAUAAAGGUGGACUGAUUUA